AUGGCGUCGUCGUCUCCGCCGCCGAAGCUGCCGAUCCCCGGACGCCGCAACAUACUCAUCACCAGCGCCUUACCCUAUGUGAACAACGUCCCGCACCUCGGGAACAUCAUCGGAUCGUCUUUGGCGCUUGACGUGUUCGCAGCCUGCUGCAAGCAGUCACAAGGGUACAACGCGCUCUACAUACUUAGUAUGUUUGUAGAAGGAACAUGCCCUAUAGAAGGGUGUACUAAUAAAGCUGCGAGAGGUGAUCAAUGUGACAAUUGCAGCCAUAUGUUGAAUCCAACUGACCUAAUCGAUCCAAAGUGUAAGGUCUGUAAGAAUACUCCCCAUAUUCGUGAAACAGAUCACUUAUUCUUGGAUCUCCCUCUAUUAGAAGACAAGUUGGUGAACUAUAUUAAUGAUACUUCAGUAGCUGGUAUGUGGAGUCAAAAUGCCAUUCAAGCUACAAAUGCAUGGUUAAAGGAAGGACUAAAGUCACGCUGUAUCACAAGAGAUCUUAAAUGGGGAGUUCCUGUUCCAAUUGAGAAGUAUAAAGAUAAGUUUGAUGCACCGAUUGGCUAUGUGUCCAUCACAGCAUCUUAUACACCUGAGUGGGAGAAGUGGUGGAAGAAUCCUGAUAAUGUGGAAUUAUUUCAGUUCAUGGGCAAAGAUAAUGUACCAUUUCAUACGAUCAUGUUUCCUUCAACACUACUAGGAACUGGUGAAAAUUGGACAAUGAUGAAGACCAUUAGUGUCACUGAAUAUCUAAACUAUGAAGGAGGAAAAUUCUCCAAGAGUAAGGGUAUCGGAGUUUUUGGUAAUGAUGCCAAGGAUACGAAUAUUCCUCCUGAAGUGUGGCGAUACUACCUGCUUAUGAAUCGACCUGAGGCGUCAGAUACACUCUUUACAUGGACCGAUUUGCAAGCCAAAUUGAACAGCGAGUUGUUAAACAACUUGGGAAACUUCAUCAAUCGUGUGCUAAGCUUUAUUGCAAAACCAGCGGGAGCUGGAUAUGAUUCAAUUAUACCUGACGCUCCUGGUGCUGAGUCACAUCCAUCGACAAGUGACAUUGCAGAAAAAGUCAGUAAAUCCGUUGAACAAUAUCUUGAUGCAAUGGAAAAGGUUAAGCUAAAACAAGGACUGAAGAGUGCAAUGGGCAUCUCUACUGAUGGAAAUCGCUAUUUGCAAGACAGUGAAUUUUGGAAACUUUAUAAGGACAAUCCAGCAAACUGUGCGAUUGUGAUGAAAACUUCAGUUGGUCUUGUCUAUCUCCUUGCCUGUCUGCUGGAGCCUUUCAUGCCUUCCUUCUCAAAAGAAAAAGAUGAAAAGGUGAGUGAGCAUAGGGAAGCAUAUGCAGGCAGUCAAGCUGAGAGGAGCUCAAAAGCAGUGGCUGACGCUGAAGCCACAAAAAUUGCUAACCAGCUCAACAGCAUAGCAUUAUCUGAUUGCAGCAAGAGGCUCAAAAAAGAACAAAAGAAAAAGCCUGGUAACUCAAAAUCAAAGGUCGCAGAGGCAGAAUUAUCUGUUGCAAAGUUGGAGAUUCGAGUGGGGCUUAUCAGAAAAGCAGAGAAGCACCCAGAUGCUGAUUCGCUGUACGUAGAGGAAAUCGAUGUUGGAGAGGAGGCUCCAAGAACGGUGGUUAGUGGCCUUGUCAAAUACAUUCCUCUUGAAGAAAUGCAGAACCGGAAAGUCUGUGUUCUCUGCAAUCUGAAACCAGUGGUGAUGCGUGGUAUAAAAUCACGUGCCAUGGUUUUGGCUGCUUCUAAUGAGGACCAUACUAGCGUUGAGUUGGUUGAGCCACCAGCGGAUGCUGCCGUGGGGGAGAGGGUGACCUUUGCUGGGCACUCCGGUGAGCCUGAGGCUUCUCAGUGGCAAGAGCAAGGUGUGGGAGAAGCCAGCCGCUGA